AAUCCGCAGCAGCAGCAGCAGGAGCGGAUCCUGAACGCAUCACAGCAGACUGAACUCACAGGUCAGCAGCCGGACGUCAUCAUGCCUUUCGGAAACACCCACAACAAGCUGAAGAUGAACUACUCAUCGGAGCAGGAGUACCCUGACCUCAGCCAGCACAACAACCACAUGGCCAAGGUGCUAACGCCCGAAAUGUACGCCAGCCUGAGGGACAAGGAGACGCCCAGUGGGUUCACCCUGGACGACGUCAUCCAGACUGGCGUUGACAACCCAGGUCACCCGUUCAUCAUGACGGUGGGCUGCGUCGCUGGAGACGAGGAGACGUAUGAGGUGUUCAAAGACCUGCUGGACCCAGUGAUUGAAGACCGCCACGGAGGAUACAAACCAACAGACAAACACAAGACGGACCUGAACUCCGAAAACUUGCAGGGUGGAGACGACCUGGAUCCAAACUACGUUCUGAGCUCUCGGGUCCGGACAGGACGGAGCAUCCGCGGCUUCUGUCUGCCGCCGCACUGCAGCCGCGGAGAACGCCGCGCCAUCGAAAACCUCUCCAUUGAAAGUCUGGACCUCCUGGACGGAGACUUGAAGGGAAAGUACUACGCUCUGAAGAACAUGACGGAGGAGGAGCAGCAGCAGCUGAUCGAUGACCACUUCCUGUUCGACAAGCCCGUGUCCCCCCUGCUGCUGGCGUCCGGCAUGGCCCGCGACUGGCCCGACGGCCGCGGCAUCUGGCACAACGACAACAAGACCUUCCUGGUGUGGGUGAACGAGGAGGACCACCUGCGUGUCAUCAGCAUGCAGAAAGGAGGCAACAUGAGGGAGGUGUUCACCCGCUUCUGCACCGGACUCACCAAGAUCGAGGGCUUGUUUAAGGAGCGAGGACACGAGUUCAUGUGGAACGAACACCUGGGCUACGUCCUCACCUGUCCGUCCAACCUGGGGACGGGACUGAGAGCCGGCGUCCACGUCAAACUGCCAAACCUCAGCAAGAACGACAAGUUUGGAGAAAUCCUGAAGAGGCUGAGGCUGCAGAAGAGAGGCACAGGUGGCGUGGACACAGCGGCGGUAGGCGGAGUCUUUGACAUCUCCAACGCGGACCGUCUGGGCUUCUCAGAGGUGGAGCUGGUGCAGAUGGUGGUGGAUGGAGUCAACCUGCUGGUGGACAUGGAGAAGCGUCUGGAGGGCGGAGAGAGCAUCGAUGACCUCAUGCCUGAGCAGAAGUGAACUGUGUCACUGUAACCUCCGACAGCCCCCCACCCCCCCCACACCCCCUCCCCCCCCCUCCUCCCCCCUCACUGUAACCAAUCAGAAACCGUCCUGAAGCUGCGGGACGUUUAGAGCCGCUCAGUUAGACCUCAGUCUUCCAACAUGUGAAGGAUUUUCUAUUUCCUGUCUGCACCUGUUGGACCCAUCUAACACCUGAAAUAUAUCUAAUAAAGUCUGUGUGGC